AAACUACCAAACGUAAAAGUGUAGUAGACACGAUUUUCAUUAAAAUUUUACUAUGAGAAAGCGUUAAAGUGGACGUACAAUACGAGAAAAUCGUUUUAAUUUCCGAAUUCCCAGGGCUUUCUCGCUAUACAAAGCAGAUCCCUUUGUACCCAAACGCUAUAGAGAAAGAGAUAUUCUAUAUCGUAUUUUAUGUAACGUUAACAGAUGUACCGUAUGUGACAGGCAGCGUAACGACCCUUAAGGUUAAGUGAAUUACGCUCUUUUUUUUUUAAUAUCACGAUUUUCCUUUAAUCGAUAGAGAGGUUCGGAAAGAAUGCCGGCACCAAACUCCAUCAGCGUGGCUGUAAUAUGUUCUAGUAAUAUGAAUCGAAGCAUGGAAGCCCAUGCCUUCUUGAGCAAAAAAGGGUUCAACGUGAAGAGCUUCGGAACUGGUGACAAAGUUAAACUUCCUGGGAAUGCUCCUGAUCGUCCAAAUAUCUAUGACUUUGGAACUUCGUACGAAGAAAUCUACAAUGACCUUUUAGCGAAAGACAAGCAAUAUUAUACGCAAAAUGGUUUGCUGCAUAUGUUGGACCGAAACCGUAGAAUAAAACCUAAGCCCGAACGAUUUCAAUUGUCCAAGGACAAAUUCGACAUUCUGAUCACUUGCGAAGAACGCGUGUACGAUCAAGUGAUCGAAUGUAUGGAAUCUAGAACCCAAGAAGAUAGCCAGCCCGUGCAUCUGAUCAAUAUCGAUAUUCAAGAUAAUCACGAGGAAGCUACAGUUGGAUCAUUUCUCAUUUGCGAAUUGGUCACCGUGCUGGCGAACAGCGAGGACUUAGAUAAUGAUAUAGACGAGCUACUUCAUGAAUUUGAAUCGAAGUUUGCGAGAACGAUUCUACACACGGUGCUCUUUUAUUGAAAGGACUGACAUGUAUCAGGGACCUGGUGUUCGCCAACGA